AGGAGGACCGCUUCCAGGAGGACUUCCGGCCUGCUGCACCAGUGGCAACCUGCGCACAGAAGGCCAGAAGAGCCCCUGGGCAGGGAGUGCGGUGCUGCCCCUGGGAGGCUGUGCCCUGGGUGCUCGGGUGUGGGGGUCCCCAGCGCUCCUGGGAGCCGAUCAAGGGCGCGCACCCCGCAGUGGGAGAGGGGCUUCCUGCGCAGCGCGGGAGGAGCUUCCAGGACGGGAGCUGUCUGGGGCAGAGCCCUGGCCACGGUGGCCUCGCAGCACAACGAAAGCACAGGGACUGCGCAGCCGGGAGGCGCUUGCUCUCCGUGCAGACCCCCGGGUGGACGGCCGCAGUGCCUGCAGCCAUCGCCCUGCGGGGCCUCGCGACUCGGGUAUCGCCCCUGCUCUCCAGGCAGGACUAGAGCUUCCAGGAAGUCCCAGGGCACCCUUCGCGCAUCCCAGGGGCCAGGCGGGCUCUGCAAAGCCUGCUGGGAGGUGUAGUUUUCGCUGAAGACGGGGCUGCCCAGAGCCAAAGCAGGGUGGGCUCCAGAGCAAGAAGCCAUCGUGGACGCGGCGUCUGCGGGAGGAAAGCAGCUCCUUCUGGCUUCGCGAAGGCCGCCUAGUCCAGGAGCCCCAGCGCCCUUCUCCCAGCCAGGUGGAUGACAGUUCCCAGCGCCUCGAAGGCCUGCUCUGUGCCGCGCACCCUGCACACAGGAUUGCAUUUCCUGCACGCAGCCCCCCGGCGGGGCAGGUCGAGCCGUUUACGGAUGGAAGAGAGGAGCCCCACACCUUGUUGGAGGCGCCGUCAGCAAAGGUUGAAUUAUUUCUUCUGAGGAUGCAAAGAAUUGAGGUUGCUGCAGACCCAUAUGGAUUUGCCACUGCUAACCCACCUGAAACGCAGAAGGGAGCUUGCUGGGUUUCAGACAUGGGCAGGAUGGACUCCAACACUGCUCCUCUGGGCCCAUCCUGCCCACAGCCCCCGCCAGCACCGCAGCCCCAGGCGCGUUCCCGACUCAAUGCCACGGCCUCGUUGGAGCAGGAGAGGAGCGAAAGGCCCCGAGCACCCGGACCCCCGGCUGGCCCUGGCCCUGGUGUUAGAGACGCAGCGGCCCCCGCUGAACCCCAGACCCAGCAUACCAGGAGCCGGGAAAGAGCAGACGGCACCGGGCCUACAAAGGGAGACAUGGAAAUCCCCUUUGAAGAAGUCCUGGAGAGGGCCAAGGCCGGGGACCCCAAGGCACAGACUGAGGUGGGGAAGCACUACCUGCAGUUGGCCGGCGACACGGAUGAAGAACUCAACAGCUGCACCGCUGUGGACUGGCUGGUCCUCGCCGCGAAGCAGGGCCGUCGGGAGGCUGUGAAGCUGCUUCGCCGGUGCUUGGCGGACAGAAGAGGCAUCACGUCCGAGAACGAACGGGAGGUGAGGCAGCUCUCCUCCGAGACCGACCUGGAGAGGGCCGUGCGCAAGGCAGCCCUGGUCAUGUACUGGAAGCUGAAUCCCAAGAAGAAGAAGCAGGUGGCCGUGGCGGAGCUGCUGGAGAAUGUCGGCCAGGUCAACGAGCACGAUGGAGGGGUGCAGCCAGGCCCCGUGCCCAAGUCCCUACAGAAGCAGAGGCGGAUGCUGGAGCGCCUGGUCAGCAGCGAGUCCAAGAACUACAUCGCGCUGGAUGACUUUGUGGAGAUCACUAAGAAGUACGCCAAGGGCGUCAUCCCCAGCAGCCUGUUCCUGCAGGACGACGAAGAUGACGACGAGCUGGCGGGGAAGAGCCCUGAGGACCUGCCACUGCGCCUGAAGGUGGUCAAGUACCCCCUGCACGCCAUCAUGGAGAUCAAGGAGUACCUGAUUGACAUGGCCUCCAGGGCGGGCAUGCACUGGCUGUCCACCAUCAUCCCCACGCACCACAUCAACGCGCUCAUCUUCUUUUUCAUCAUCAGCAACCUCACCAUCGACUUCUUUGCCUUCUUCAUCCCGCUGGUCAUCUUCUACCUGUCCUUCAUCUCCAUGGUGAUCUGCACCCUCAAGGUGUUCCAGGACAGCAAGGCCUGGGAGAACUUCCGCACCCUCACCGACCUGCUGCUGCGCUUCGAGCCCAACCUGGAUGUGGAGCAGGCCGAGGUCAACUUCGGCUGGAACCACCUGGAGCCCUAUGCCCAUUUCCUGCUCUCUGUCUUCUUUGUCAUCUUUUCCUUCCCCAUCGCCAGCAAGGACUGCAUCCCCUGCUCGGAGCUGGCUGUCAUCACCGGCUUCUUUACCGUGACCAGUUACCUGAGCCUGAGCACCCAUGCAGAGCCCUACACGCGCAGGGCCCUGGCCACCGAGGUUACUGCCGGCCUGUUAUCGCUGCUGCCCUCCAUGCCCUUGAAUUGGCCCUACCUGAAGUUCCUCGGCCAGACCUUCAUCACCGUGCCUGUCGGCCACCUGGUCGUCCUCAAUGUCAGCGUCCCCUGCCUGCUCUAUGUCUACCUGCUCUAUCUCUUCUUCCGCAUGGCACAACUGAGGAAUUUCAAGGGCACCUACUGCUACCUUGUGCCCUACCUGGUGUGCUUCAUGUGGUGUGAGCUCUCCGUGGUCAUCCUGCUGGAGUCCACCGGCCUGGGGCUGCUCCGUGCCUCCAUUGGCUACUUCCUCUUCCUCUUUGCCCUCCCCAUCCUGGUGGCCGGCCUGGCCCUGGUGGGUGUGCUGCAGUUUGCCCGGUGGUUCACGUCUCUGGAGCUCACCAAGAUCGCAGUCACCGUGGCGGUCUGUAGUGUGCCCCUGCUGUUGCGCUGGUGGACCAAGGCCAGCUUCUCUGUGGUGGGGAUGGUGAAGUCCCUGACGCGGAGCUCCAUGGUCAAGCUCAUCCUGGUGUGGCUCACGGCCAUUGUGCUGUUCUGCUGGUUCUAUGUGUACCGCUCAGAGGGCAUGAAGGUCUACAACUCCACACUGACCUGGCAGCAGUAUGGUGCGCUGUGCGGGCCACGCGCCUGGAAGGAGACCAACAUGGCACGCACCCAGAUCCUCUGCAGCCACCUGGAGGGCCACAGGGUCACGUGGACCGGCCGUUUCAAGUACGUCCGCGUGACUGACAUCGACAACAGCGCCGAGUCUGCCAUCAACAUGCUCCCGUUCUUCAUCAGCGACUGGAUGCGCUGCCUCUACGGCGAGGCCUACCCUGCCUGCAGCCCUGGCAACACCUCCACGGCCGAGGAGGAGCUCUGUCGCCUUAAGCUGCUGGCCAAGCACCCCUGCCACAUCAAGAAGUUCGACCGCUACAAGUUUGAGAUCACCGUGGGCAUGCCAUUCAGCAGCGGCGCUGACGGCUCGCGCAGCCGCGAGGAGGACGACGUCACCAAGGACAUCGUGCUGCGGGCCAGCAGCGAGUUCAAGAGCGUGCUGCUCAGCCUGCGCCAGGGCAGCCUCAUCGAGUUCAGCACCAUCCUGGAGGGCCGCCUGGGCAGCAAGUGGCCUGUCUUCGAGCUCAAGGCCAUCAGCUGCCUCAACUGCGUGGCCCAGCUCUCGCCCACCAGGCGGCACGUGAAGAUCGAGCACGACUGGCGCAGCACCGUGCAUGGCGCCGUGAAGUUCGCCUUCGACUUCUUUUUCUUCCCAUUCCUGUCGGCGGCCUGAGGAUGGUCCGCCGCGAGGAGCUUCCAGUGCAUGUUGCUAUGAGGCCCUUCCCCAGUGUGGCCCCAGCCUGACAGGCAUGCACCAGUGCUGUCUGUGCCCACGUGUGCAGACUGUGGCUGCAGAGACUUUGCGACCAUGUGUAGAUUGCGUGGACCCCGACAAAGGGGAGGCUGCUGUGGAGCUCUGUCCACUCUGAAUACCAAGUGUGUUGGGAAUUGCAUGCCAUCUCCACCCUGAGCCCGACCUUUCUGAGUGAUGUGGGUGUGCCAGGCUAGACUAGGAGGUUCCGGUGUCUGGAAAAGCACUUUACAGAUGAGAUUCCCUCUCCUCCCCCACCUUCAAGCACCCUGUUGCCUCUUACUGUUGUGUUGGAUUUGUUUAAAAACCAAAUAAGCAUCUGUGUAACCUCCACGGUAGCAUUUCUUAUUUGUUUCGUCACUGCUAAACCUUAGCAGCUCUUCCCCUUUCCUGGGGGAUGUGCACCCUUUCCUGGGGGAUGUGCACGGCAGCUUGAGCCUGUCACGUGGUCAAGGCCCGGCCCCAUCAGAGGCUGGGGGAGGCGGCACGUUGGCAGUGUGUCACACUGAGCUCGGCACCACAGGCUGCCUCAUGACCCUCCUGUCCAGCAGGUAGUGGGUGAAUGUGUGAAGGUCUUGCCUGAAUCCAUCAGGACUUGGGAAACAGAGAACCCUGUGGGGGCGGCUGUGGGGGAGGUCCCUGCCAGUGUUUAGAAGAGCCUGUGUUCAGUGCCUUGGAGCAGAAAGCCAGGGUCCUGAGUGGCUGAAAUAAAAGCCUCUGGUGGAACCUGCA